CUUGCAGGGAUUAUAAGUGAACACUUGGUUAAGUCUGUUCAGUUCGGUAAACAUGGAAAACCAAACAAAUACUACAUUAACUGGACAUGGAUUAGGAGUUACAUAUGUAGUAAUCAGUGUUAUCAUAUCAGCACUCAUUAUUGUGUCAAAUACUUUAAUAAUAGUUGCAAUAUUGAAGUUUAACUAUCUUAAGACAAUAAGCAAUCAAUAUGUGCUGAGUUUAUCAUUUGCUGACUUAAUGGUUGGAUUGGCUUUGCCAUAUUGUAAUUUAAGGCAGCUAUACCCAGAAGCGAGUCUGGUACUUGAUGGGGCUGACUCUGAGAAAUAUUCUUGUCUCGUGUGCCAGGUGGUUUUACACCAACCAGUUGCUGCUUCAAUGAUGAUGUACACAGCUAUUUCUAUAGAACGUUACAUCGCAAUCACAAGACCAUUUUCACAUCCAGCAAUAUUUACAAUGAAGAAAGUAAGGAUAUCAAUCAUUUGUUCCUGGAUUUAUUCUUACUUCAUCUUUAUCGGAUUGAGCUGUUUUAACAUAUGGACGCCACAUGUUCAAUGUAGUAUGUCAAUGACCUUAUAUCAAUCCGCAGCAUUCUAUGGUUUGGUAGCCUCUUCUGGGAUCCUCAUGUUUGUCAUAAUAGGCACAGUAUACUGCAGGAUUUUCUACAUUGCAUGGGCACAAAAGAAACAACAAAAUGAGCAGCAGAAUGCCAUAGGGCCUGUAACAGACACUUCAAAAUCAGAUAUGAAGAUAGUAAAAAUGAUGGCUAUUAUCUUCGGAACUCUAGUAAUUCUGUACACUCCAUAUUGGAUAUUUACUUUUGUAGUGUUAUUUUACAAACAGAAACCAAAAUGGUUGGUCACGUAUGAACAAUUUUCAGUUAUUCUGUAUUAUUGCAAUUCAUUUUGUAAUUCUUUUGUUUAUGGAUGGAAAAGUACAGAUUUUAGAAGGGCAUUCAGAAUGUUGGUUUACAGGCAAAACUCUAAUAAAGUGUUUCCAUUGGAAAAUACUGAAAACAGUAAGACUUACAAAACUUAAUAAAAUAGCCCUUGAGGUGUUAAAACAUAUUGAUAAAAUGACCAAUGGGUAUAGCCCUUGAGGUGUUGAAUCAAACUGAUAAAAUGACCAAUGGGUAUAGCCCUUGAGGUGUUAAAUCAAAUUGAUAAAAUGACCAAUGGGUAUAGCCCU